AUGCAAACCUUAGGCUUCUUUUGUUACAUAGGCCUAUUUCUCAUAUUUUAUGUUUCCUCAUUUUCCGUUGCCUUAACCAAGGUUCAAGUCCCAGUUAGUCGUCGUCGGUUAACCAAAACGGUCUCUGAUCUGAACCCAGCCCAUGCUCUUGAUGAUAUAAAAGUCGACGUUGAUCCUAGUUUGGUUUUUGAAAGUCCUAGGUUAAAAAAGGCUUAUUAUGCCUUUCAAGAAUGGAAAAAGACAUUCCUUUCGGAUCCUCUAAACAUGACUGGAAACUGGGUCGGGCCAGAUGUUUGUGGAUACUAUGGGGUGGUUUGUGCGCUUGCUCUUGAUGACGAAAGUAUUGUGACCGUUGCUGUCAUUGAUCUCAAUUUUGGAGACAUUGCAGGACGGCUUGUUCCAGAGCUUGGCUUGUUAACUGAUUUAGGCAUUUUACAUCUCCAUGCCAAUAGAUUUUGUGGAACUAUCCCUGAAACAAUGGCCAACCUUAAACUAUUGUUUGAACUCGAUCUCAGUAGUAACCAUUUGGCUGGCACGUUUCCUAGGACGUUGUUGACUUUGUCAUCUCUUAGGUUUCUUGAUAUCAGAUUUAAUGAAUUUGAAGGUCCAUUGCCACCUGAAAUCUUUGAUAUGGAAAUUGAUGCCCUUAUAUUAAACAAUAAUCGGUUCUAUCAUCACAUUCCCAAAAACAUCGGUAAUUCACAAGCUUCUGUAUUGGUGUUAUCAAAUAAUAAGUUUAGUGGGUGCAUACCCAAGGGUGUUGGGCGUAUGGCACGGUUGGAACAGGUUUCUUUUUCCAACAACCGUCUCACUGGAUGCCUACCCGAAGAGAUAGGAAUGUUAAAGUUCUUGAUAGUUUUGGAUGUGAGUAAGAACCAUUUUGUUGGUUCCAUUCCUAAAAGUUAUGAGAAUUUAAAGAUGAUGGAGAGGUUUGAUUUUUCAAGAAAUGCAUUGACCGGGCAGGUGUCCGACAGCAUGUGUAGUUUUCCCAGAUUGUUCAAUAUGACAGUAUCUAGCAAUUACUUCAAUGAUAUUGGUGCCGAAUGUGAGAAGUUUUUGCACACCAAGCGUCUUUUUCUGUACGAAAACAAUUGCAUCCCUAAUAAACCAAAUCAAAGGCCCGAUAAAAAUUGUUCUGCAGUGCUAAAUCAUCCAAUAGAUUGCAAAACGGUAGGCUGCCAACCACGAGAUCCUAUUAUUAUAGAACAUAUGAAAAAACGGAAAGCACCACCUCAACCAAAUGACCGUUCACCAUUACCACCAGUUAUGUCCACCUUAACACCGCCUGCAGAUAAACAACCACGAAUUGCAGCACCACCACCACCAACCUUAAAUGACCCCAAUCUUCCACCGAUGAUGGCUUCACGAUAUUUAUCACCGCCACCGGUAAUCCAAGAUUAG